AUGAAACGACUUGUCCAACUUGCAACGACUGAAAGAACCGCAUUCGUUCGCAACCACUUUCGUUCAAGCAACGUGUACAAUUCGCCGGAAAGGAAAAUAUUUACGAUCUCUUGUUAGGCGUAAUCGAUACGACUAAUCGCUACGAUGAAAAGCCCCCUGUACGCACUGUUGGCAGUGCUAGCCGUUAGCCAACUUGGCUUGGCCAACGAAGAAAACACGGCUCGCCUCUUGGUAUCGAAGCACAUCCUGAACAAAUACCUCGUCGAAGCUCGCGACAUCGUUGUGAAGUACACGCUGUAUAAUGUUGGCUCCGGUCCCGCCGUCAAUGUGCGCCUAGUUGAUAAUGGAUUCCACCCUGAAGUGUUCGAAGUGGUCGGUGGACAGUUGUCGGCCUCGAUCGAUCGCAUCGCCCCACAAACGAACGUCACGCAUAUCGUUGUGGUGCGGCCAAAGAGCUUCGGAUACCUCAACUUCACCGCUGCCGAGGUCAACUACCAGGCGGCAGAAGAUGCUAGCGAACCACAGUUCACGUUCAGCUCGGAACCGGGUGAGGGUGCGAUUGUAGCCGAGGCUCAGUUCAACAAGCAGUUCAGCUCGCACUACCUCGACUGGUUGGCAUUCGCUUUCCUAACGCUACCGUCGCUUGCUAUCCCGUACGCCAUGUGGUACGCCUCGAAAUCAAAGUACGAGAACUUAGGCAAAUCGUCAAAGAAGGCGAAUUAAACGUGUACGAGGCCAUCUCAGGCGAUACCAAAAUGCUUGGUGUCGAUUGACCAUCGUCCUUCGUUAUACCGCACAAAGCGGCCGAAGCAGCAGCAGGCAGCAAUAAUAAGCCCGGGUAUGGCUCAGCAACCGAUUCUACUGUUGCUAUGCACAUCGCCAUCGGCACACCAUCGCCGAUCGAUCAUCCAUCUUGAAGACUAAUUUAAUUUGUAAGGAAUCCACUGCAAAUUCCCAUCGUACCUAGAGCAUCGCAUUCGUUGAUCCUUCGAGUUUUCGUCGGGAGAACAUCAUUCGCUGCGAUGUCCCAAUUGAAAUAGCAUUCAUUCUCGUAGAACACCCCCGCAUCGUAUCCUCCCAGAAAGUGCAGCUCAAUGGAGCGCCCAGAGCGAAAGACAUAAUCUGCGUGAAAAAGAGAUUGUGAAGUGUAAGAACUUUACCUUUUCAUUUGUUUUGUUAAUAAACAUACGCGAAACUUA